AUGAGUCAGAGGCAGGUGCUGCAAGUGUUCGAGCAGUACCAGAAAGCUCGGACCCAGUUCGUGCAGAUGGUGGCAGAGUUGGCGACCAGACCCCAAAACAUCGAGACGCUGCAGAACGCGGGUGUAAUGUCUCUGCUGAGGCCUCUUCUUCUGGAUGUGGUCCCAACAAUUCAACAGACUGCUGCUUUGGCUCUUGGGAGACUGGCUAAUUAUAAUGAAGACCUGGCAGAAGCAGUUGUGAAGGGUGACAUUCUUCCACAGCUUGUUUAUUCAUUGGCAGAACAAAAUCGUUUUUAUAAGAAAGCAGCUGCCUUUGUGUUACGAGCAGUUGGUAAACACUCUCCUCAACUAGCUCAGGCGAUAGUGGACUGUGGUGCCCUGGACACACUGGUGAUAUGCUUGGAAGAUUUCGACCCUGGAGUCAAGGAAGCUGCAGCCUGGGCACUUGGAUAUAUCGCAAGACACAAUGCAGAACUGUCACAAGCUGUGGUGGAUGCGGGAGCUGUUCCUCUUUUAGUACUUUGUAUCCAGGAGCCAGAAAUUGCUUUGAAAAGGAUUGCUGCUUCCACGCUCAGUGAUAUUUCAAAGCAUUCUCCGGAGUUAGCACAGACUGUGGUGGACGCAGGCGCUGUUGCUCACUUAGCCCAGAUGAUCCUGAACCCCGACGCGAAGUUGAAGCGUCAAGUCCUUUCAGCUCUCAGUGAGAUUGCAAAACACUCUGUGGAUUUGGCAGAAAUGGUGGUUGAAGCUGAGAUUUUUCCAGUUGUACUUACCUGUCUGAAGGACAAAGAUGAAUAUGUGAAGAAAAAUGCUUCCACUUUAAUUAGAGAGAUUGCAAAACAUACACCUGAGGGGGUGCCCCAGUUGUCAGUGUGCUUGACGGAAGAACCGGAAAAUCAUAUUAAGGCUGCUGCGGCCUGGGCCUUAGGGCAAGUGGGCAGACACACCCCGGAGCACGCGCGCGCUGUCGCCGUUGCUAAUACGCUGCCGGUUCUGCUCUCUUUGUACAUGUCAAGAGAAAGUUCUGAGGAUCUUCAAAUAAAGAGUAAAAAGGCCAUAAAGAAUAUCCUACAGAAGUGCACCUAUUUACCAGCACUUGAGCCAUUUCUGUAUGAUGCGCCUCCCAAUAUUCUGAAACAUGUGGUUGGACAGUUCAGUAAGGUGCUGCCACAUGAUAGCAAAGCUCGGAGACUCUUUGUAAUAAGUGGCGGACUUAAAAAAGUUCAAGAGAUAAAAGCAGAACCUGGAUCUCUCCUUCAGGAAUACAUCAAUAGUAUUAACAAUUGUUACCCAGAAGAAAUAGUAAGGUACUACUCCCCUGGAUAUUCAGAUACACUUCUGCAGAGAGUAGACAGCUAUCAACCACUUACUAACUAAAUGAAACUAUGCUUUUCAACUUGAA